AUGGUCAAAACCAACACGAUUCGUCGCGCGUGUUUGACGCUGGCGCGGCCGCUGACGCGCCAUAGCCACAUCAGCGGCAACCAGGUGCGCCCGGGCGUCGCCGUCGAGAUCGAGGGCAAGCUGUACCGCGUCGUGAAGAGCCAGUCGGUCAAGCCAGGCAAGGGCGUUGCCUACAUGCAGGCGGAGCUUCGAGACAUUGUGACGGGCACCAAGAUCAACCGCCGGUUCCGGUCCUCCGAGAGCGUCAAGAAGGCGCCGCUGACGAAAGACCAGCCGUUCCAGUUCUUGUACCAAGACGGCAGCAAGCUCGUGCUUAUGCAGCCCGAGACCUUUGAGCAGAUUGAAGUAUCGACGGAGCUCCUCAACGACAAGCAAAUGCUUGUCUUGAACGAAGGCAUGACCGUGUCGCUGCAGAUCGUCGAGGGCGUCCCGCUCUGGCUCACAAUGCCCGACUUCGUCACGCUCACGGUCGAGUCGAUCGUCACGCUUGGCGUUGACAACAAGGAGGCGACCCUGACCAACGGCAGCACGAUCCAAGUGCCGGGCAACAUUGAAGCCGGCGACGCUGUCAAGGUGUCGAGCGAGACGGGCCUCUUCGUGGAAAAGAUGUGAGCGCUAUAGACACCAGUACACGAACACGAAGACGGUGCUCUCGGCCCGUUUGGUUGAGUUGCACGAGCACCAGUGUACGCAUGCAUUGACUACUCUAGGACUUUGAGUUUAGC